CCUAACCACUAACACCAACAAGAACUGCUCGAAGUGCUGUUGUCCGUCCUGAGAACGUCGAGCUUUUCACGCCAUUGUUCGCCCUCCAUUCGAGCGCGGACUCCAAUAUCCAGUCUGAAGCUCGACUAUCAAUAGUUACAGCCAACAUCAUUUCCUUCUUCUAAUUUCGAACCUUCCAUCAUGGCUGACGAAGCCGACAAGCCAGCCGAAAACGCGGCCGAGGUUCGCGAGUCUAUAGAGGCUAAACCCACCGGCAACGACAAUGAAGAUGACAACAAGGACCGCGUGCAGGAUAUCAACACUUCCAGAAACGAUGCAGAUGCAAGUGGUGCCAGCAGCAGUGCAGACGGCUCUCGCCCAGUCCUAGGGACCAAUGUCAACGCGGACGGAGAGGCAGACGCGGAAGGCGACGCAGAUGCCGAUGGUGAACCGGAAGAAGAACGAACUCUAGGUCGACUCGACCACAAUAUGUUGACCGUAAUUGAGAAUACAGCGAACUACCUCUCUACAUAUAAAGAGGACGGCGGCUACCAGGUUGCCCUACCCUUCCAGCGCAUCCCCAAUCGACGACACCUACCCGAAUACCAUGAAGUGAUAAAAGAGCCUAUCGCUUUCAGCACCAUUCGCACCAAGAAGCUCAAGAAGCAGUAUACUGCUUUCUCUGAGUUCGUCAGGGAUGUCGCUUUGAUCUCCCACAAUGCCAUGGUUUAUAACCGCCCGUCCUCCGAGGUAUUCCAAUGCGCUGUUCGUCUACGAGAGAUAUUUAAGGAGGAGCUUCAGAAGUUAGUCGACGACGGAACCAUCAAGCCCGAGGAGGCCGUGCUUCCCGACUUAGGCGAGAUCCCAGAAACGGAAGAUUCUCCGCCUCCAGACCCGGAAGAGGAAGAAGAAGAGGACGAGGAUGAUGAAGACGACGACGAAGAUGACGAUUCCGAUGAUGAUGGCGUCCGCCGACGAGGUAGACGAGGUGGUCGUCGCUCUUCGGCCUCGGGUCGGAAAUCUGAUAUGAGAGAUGAUGAUUCACACAAGAAGCGAGGCCGACCGCCUAAGGUUUUCACUCCGCUCGAGGCCCGCAUCCAUGCCUUGUUGAAGGGCCUUCGAAAGUUCAAGCAUCCAAACGGAGAGCUGUUGAUCGUUCCAUUCGAGAGACUCCCAGACAAGCAGGCGACGCCAGACUACUUUGCUGCUAUCAAGAAUCCUAUUGCCAUGGAUUUAAUCAAGCGAAAGGCGAAGAGAAAGAAGUAUCAGAAUGUGGAUCAAGCACUCAGAGACCUUGAUUUGAUGUUUGAGAAUGCCAAGCAGUAUAACGAAGAGGACAGCCAGCUCUACAAUGACGCAGUUGAGUUGCAACGUCAAGCUCACAUACUUGCUGCGCAAGAGAAGGCGAAGCCUGACAAUGACUUCGAAGAUGAAGACGGUAGACGACCACUUCCCGAGAUUGUCCACAAGGGAGAGGUCUGGAGAGUUGGCGACUGGGUUCACAUCACCAACCCCAAUGAUUUGACAAAGCCUAUCGUCGCGCAGAUCUACCGGACUUGGGAAGACAAGUCGGGACAAAAGUGGGUGAAUGCGUGUUGGUACUACCGUCCAGAGCAGACUGUCCAUCGUUUUGAGAAGCAUUUCUUGGAGAACGAGGUGGUCAAGACUGGUCAAUACCGAGACCACCGUAUCGACGAAGUUGUGGAUCGAUGCUUCGUCAUGUUCGUAACUCGAUAUAACAAAGGCAGACCUCGAGGAUUCCCCAAGGACAAAGAGGUGUAUGUCUGCGAGGCUCGAUACAACGAAGAGAAGCACAAGCUCAACAAGAUCAAGACGUGGGCGAGCUGUGUGCCCGAUGAGGUUCGCGAGAAGGACUACGAGAUGGAUUUGUUCGAGGUUCCUCGCAAACUGAGAAAGGUGCCUAGUCCCAUCAAGCAUCUGCUUCGAGAUGAUGCGAAGCCGACGGAUGCUCUACCUAAGCCGACCUGGGGAGCUCCAAAUGCACCCCCCCUCAUUGGAGCCGUACAUUGUCGGGAGAGGGAGCCGAAUGAAUCUCCACCACCGGAGCCUACACCAUCCCCUCCUCCUGCUCUCCCAAUCAUCGAUCCAAUCCGACGUCCUUCAUUGAUGCAGUCAGCUCGCCCCGUUGAUAGUCAGGGCGACAUUAUGAUGGGUAAUACUCCCCAUUUUUCAACUAUCCCGGCAACGCCCACGCCCACACCUGGACAUGCCGGCGCGUAUGCAUCGCCGCAUCCCUUCGUGCCGCGUCCCAGCCCUACUCCGGUCCCUGUCCCACCGUAUGGCAAUCAUGCUGGCGCCUCAGCCCAUCACAACUUUCCGGUUCAAGGAGUUCAAGGCGCCCAUCAUGCCGCUCACGGUCACAGUACACCCCAAAUGCCCCAAACUCCGCAUUUCCAGGCUCAUCAACCACAUCAGCCUCCUGCUUACAACGGAUUUCCGCCUCAAUACAGCACUACACCGAUCCCCAUACCUCAUCAGCCUCACCACGCCCCACCUCAUCAAAUGAAUUCUCCCAUGCCCAGCUACGACCCGUCGCAUCGCCUUGCGCCGUCGCCUGCUCGUCCUGCCAUGGCAGCCACCCCUGGCCCAAGUGGACAUGCUCAAGCUAAUGCCUAUAACCCACCUCGCCCGGUUGAGGUGUACCAUUUGGACGACGCCUUGAACGACAAGAUUCCUGCCGAGGUUCGAGAACAGUUCCAGCGUGACGAGGCUGGACGAGUGCUCUUCUUCACUCAACCACCGUUAGACCGACCGCACCGCGGCCUUUCGGCUGAAAGCGCUACUCUCGGCCAUAGCGUCCGUUAUCUUGCCGACCGCGCGCGCGAAGUUGAGGAUCGUCGGGCGAAGCGCAAGGCGAGAGAUGAGCUGCGAAAGGAGGAAGAAAUGAAACGUCAAGAGAUGGAGAAGGCUGCUGCUGAGAAGGAGCGACUGCAAAUGAUCGACAUUGCCAGCGACAUGUUUGUAGGCUGGGUCAACGACAUGAACAAGGGGAAUGAGAUGCUGAAGGCGGCAUAUGAUGGCUGGAGCUGUCGUGAUAAGGACAUCGACGCCGUUGCCAAGACAUCUGCGGCAUAGGAAGCCGAAAAGAAGAAGCGCGAAGGGGAUGAGAAGUAAGUCCCAUAACUGCCGUGGACUCUAAUAUCGGAUGAAUUCUUUGCACGGCGUUUGUGGAGGGAACAAUGGGUAGGCUGGCCUCGCAGGAGUUGCAAAGGAUACCAUUUUACUGGCCAAGUUGGGGUCCUCAGCCAUGACGGGUACUUGUUUUUGCUGGGUCGGAAAAAAAACCCCGAGUGUAGGAGUUCUUGUAAUGUAUUCUACUGUGUGUAACAUCACAAUGAUACCGGCUCUCGAUGCGAAGAUGAGCCAAAAAAAUGAAAGGAAUAAGUAAUGACCAUUUCUA